AGUGCAUUAUCUCUUUUUUUUAUGGUUCUUCACGUAUAUUUCAAAUUAAUCUUCUUAUACAAAACAAUAAAUAAAUAAACGAGAAACACAUAUUACUCAAGAAUAUAGAUUACCUACCUCUGACAAACAAAAUUUAUAGUUAAAAAACCAUCACUGAUGAGUACUCAACCAACCUCUCAUAUUCACCGCGACGGAUUAUUCCAGUCAAGAGACAAUAGAAUAAAUUCAUAUUCUGAACAAUCAUCAAACAACCAGCAACAGCAACAACAACAACUGCAAUCCCAGUCUGGUGUUUCAUUUACUCAAACGAAUGAACCAUUGAAUGAUUUAAUCACCUCCAAAACUAAUAAAAGUUUCAAUAGAUCAAAAGAAAAGCAUAUUUUGAAUCAAAUAAAACCAUUUACUGCUGGUCAGAAAAGCUAUCUUGAAAGUGACAAUAUCAAAAAAGACAUUGAUGACAACGAGAAUAUGAGUAACCUAUACGAGAAUGAUAACAAUGAUAAUAAUACCUCAGAUAAAAAUAGAGGUGACAGUAUAAAAGAUCAAGGCAAAUCAAGUCGACUACGAAAAUGUCGUGAAAAAUGUCGACUUAAAUGUAAAGCAUGUCUUAAACGUAUAAGAUUGCCUCCAUGGUUGGCCAGGCCUUUAUUGAAGAUUUAUACGCAUACAAGUGGAGUACUUACAUAUGCAUUAUUUUUAUUAGCAAUUUAUGCAUGUAUUAUAUCUGUUAAAAAAAGUGUUGCUAUACCUCCAGAAUGUAGACUUGUUUCUGUAUUGAAACAAUUAGAUUCCUCAAGCAUAAAAAAUCAUAAUAAUGAUACAAAUAAUGUCUCAGGGAAUGUUCGUGAAAAUGCACUUGAAUGUCGUAAUGGUGAAGCACUCAGUGUACUUAUUUUCUACGGUUUUGGUUUCCUCUGUGGAGAAAUAAUGGAAUUACUUCAUUUACCAGGAUUAUUAGGUAUGCUACUUGGCGGUUUAUUUCUGAGAAAUAUUGGUAGUCUUUUGAUUCCACAAAGGAUUUUUCAUGCAGGAAAACUACCAAAUGGAAGUUAUCCUUUAGGAAGUGAUCUUGUUUCGUCUAAUAUGAGUCAAUUUUCCGAUUCAGAAUAUCCCUUUAAUAUAGAUGAUACACGUACUCAGUUUGCGGCUCUUCUUUUAGUGAAUCCAGAUUUAUCUGGUAUUUUACGACAGCUUGCUUUGACAACAAUCCUUACUCGAGCUGGUCUAGGCCUAGAUCCACAAGCAUUGAAACAAGUGUGCGGUAGUGUAUUUCGUCUGGCAUUCAUACCAUGUCUUUCUGAAGCAGCAUCACUUAUGCUGUUUAGUCACCUUUUUAUUGGAUGGCCUUGGGCAUGGGGAGCUAUAUUGGGAUUUGUUUGUGCUGCUGUCUCACCAGCUGUUAUUGUACCAAAUAUGAUGCGUUUAGAAGUUACAGGAUGGGGAGUAGCAGAAGGCAUACCAACACUUGUCGUUGCAGCUUCAAGUUUAGAUGAUGUUGUUGCAAUUACUGGAUUUGGUGUUGCACUUGCAGUGGCGUCUUCUGCAGAAAAAAGUUUUGUUGAAAAUUUAAUUUGGGGUCCACUUGAAGCAAUUAUAGGAGCUUCAUUUGGAGCAGGUGUAGCUAUUUUAUUACUUUUCUUCCCUCCACCAAAACUGGAACAUUCACACCUCGUUCGAGGAAUUCUACUCAUCUGUUUCGCAAUAACUGGUCUAGUCGGUUCAGUUGCUAUAGAUUUACCUGGUGCGGGUGCACUGUCCUGUUUAACUCUUGCCUUUGUUGUGGCUACAGGCUGGCGUAACGGUUUUCCCUGGCGUUUGACACAGUCAACAAAUUUACUUGUGGAAACACAACCAAACGUCACACAAAAUUCAAAUCGUGCAAAUUCUGAUUACUUAACUGAUAAAUACAAUGACUUAUCAGCAAGAAAUUCUAUGCACAGUAAUGAUGGGUCUCAAGAAAAGAUAGGUGUUAUGCCUAACAAACUAGAAUCUAUUGAGGAGCAAGAUAGACAUUUGGAUGAUGAAAUAGACAGUGAAAGUUUGACAAGACGUCAAAGAGAUCCGAAUAGUUCGAAUGUACUUGAAUCAUUGGUUGAAUUCCACCCAUACUAUUGCUCGAUUCUGCGUCAACAAUAUGGUCAGCACUCAUCAGGUGAACAAAGCAGUCGUAGCAGCAUCCGUAAUCGAAUAAUGUCUGAUAGUGAUAAAAAAAGAGGUGAUCUUCCGGCUUUAGCUGUUGCGGUAGCUGCUACAGGCACUGACAGACGAGGAGAAGCACCAGUGCAGCGUCAGCAGUACAAUUAUCCGCAACAAAUGCAGCCAACUCCUGUAAGUGUGAUCCCGAAACCUAGAACCUCUAGAAGAUUCAGCCUACCAGAACCAACAGCUCACUAUGAACUUGAAUCAUUUUCUGUGCCUCAGUCGUUUAGACGAGGAAGAAGUCCUUCUUCUGCUAAUGCCCUGCGUCAUAUAAACAGAUCAAAAAGAAGAAUAUUUGUACCAACGUUUGCAGAGCAGUAUGCAGCUUAUUACAACAAUCAGCCAGUUGAAAAAGUUGAAGAAGUGGAGGAGAACGAUGAUACUUCAUCAAAUGAAGUAGAUAAAAGAAUACGUAAGCAAAGUGAAAAUAAUCAGGUAACAAACAUUGAUGAUCAUAAUGCAAGUAAUUAUGACCAUAACAUACAAACAACAUCAAGCGAGGAGGUUGUUCCAGCUACUCCUGCUGAACGCGGUUUGGCUUGUUUAAAUUCUAUGCGUAGAACUAUGGCAGUUACCUGGUGGUUUGUUCAACCUAUUUUGUUCACCUUAAUAGGAUCUGAAGUAAAUAUCACACACAUGCCUGGAGGAUCAACCGGGCGUGGAUUAGGUGCAUUCUUUAUCUCAUUAUUUUUCCGUCUAUUGGCUACAAUAUUAGCUGUUCUACCAUCAAAGUUGAAUAUGCGUGAACGUCUGUUUGUAGGAUUCGCCUGGUUACCAAAAGCUACUGUACAAGCCGCUAUUGGACCAGUUGCAUUGGACACAGCUAGACGGUCGAAUGCUAGUGCAGAGAUUAUUGGUUAUGGUGAACAGGUUGUAACACUGGCUGCACUUUCAAUUUUGAUUACAGCACCGUUAGGUGCAGUAUUAAUGCCACUUACUGCACCUUACUUAUUACAUCAAGAUAUUCAGUCGUCUCAAGUACUGAUUGAACGUACACAGUCUAAAAGUGCUCCAAAAAAGAUUGUUGAUAAAUUAAAUAAUAAAAAAAGUGAUGAUCAUCAAAACACACAGACAACAGAAUCUCAUUCACCUCAAUUACUUGCAAACAAGUCCAGAUCUCACCAACAAAACACAAUAAGUAAUACUCAUUUAUAAAAUUUUAUUCCGAUGUAUUACUUUCAAUUUGUACUGUUACCUCUUUGUUUUUGUUUUAUUUUGGUUUUUUGCUGUUUUUCGAAAGUUGUGUUUAACUAAAUUUCUGACAAAAAUAAAACUAAUUAUACAGUAGAAUAUGAGACUUCAAAUGUUUAGUCUGUUUCUCUGUACUAUGUAUGAUAUGGCUGAUAUUUUCAAAUAUAAAUAAGAAACCCUGAUUCUGACAGCUAAUCAAAUCAAAAACAACAACAACAACAACCACAACAGCAACAACAACGAAGAAUGCAUGUGAUUGUAUUUCUUCUUCUGAUUUUUUUUAAGAAAAACGAAUAUUUUUUGUUUUCACAGUCUUCAUUUGUUUUUGUUUUAUUUUAGUUCAGCGCAUCUAUCCUUCUCCGUAGUUUCAAAUAAAACUAUUUAGAAAUGUUUAGUACUUCAUGUGUUUUCCAUGAUCAUCAAAAAGUGUGUAGAAUCAAGAAGAAAAUCAAAGCGUCACACAUAGUAUCUUUCUUUAACUUGAGACAUUAUUUUAGUACUCCACACAUUUAUUGUUAAAAAGAAACUGAUGAAUGGAUUAUUGUGUUCCUUUCUUUUAGUAAUUUACUUGUAUUCAAGUGUAUUUCCUUAAAUAUAUACUUGUUGAAAUCUCAAUUUAGCUACCAUCAAUUACUGAACUGCCUAUAAAGCUGACUAUUGAAUUUUAUAUGGUAUUCAUUUCUAAAUUGAUUGUUAGGCUUUUCUUUUUUUGGGUGGGAGGGAGGGAAAGAGUAUUUUAUCAAGCAGCAGUGUAUAUCAGUCCGUUUGUUUUCCCCAAAAUUAUCAAAUUUUAAUCCGAUAAAAGAAUUUUAUUUUAGUCCACAUUACAAAUGCAAGUUUUCCUUGGCCAGUUAUUAUUUCCCAACAUACUUACAUUCAUUGUUAAUUUAGAUAAGAAAAAUUCAUGUUUGAUUUUUAGCAAGAUUUGAGAAGAUUUUCCCUAAAGUUCAAGACUACAAACUACAUUUUCCUUAAUAUGUGUCUUUUCUUUUGUUAUUUUAUCAUACUGAGUUCUUUGUUAACAGACUGUUAUCUUUAAAGAUUUUAAAAACAUUUAUAGGCUUACACGACCGACACAUGAGAUAGUUCCAGAGUAUAUUAGUUGACCUUUUCACUUUUUUGUAUUGUAUGCGGAGUUUCCUUCCUUCCAAAAUUAACGCUGACGUCAGUUGAUCACUCCUCUCCGUGCAGAAACAGUCACAAUGUAUAUUCACAUCGAUGCGUGUAUAUAUAUACGCUGAGGAGGAAGCGUUUCAAGAUGCACUGUCAACAGAUUUCACACUGGCGGAGGCAAUCAUAAUUAUCUCGAUCCCCAUAUAUAUACAUAUAAACACAAAUAAUGGCAAAUAAAUAUACGGAACUAGUUUGUUGUAAAUUUCAUUUCAAAAUGUAGUUGAAUCUUAGUAUGAAUGGUUGUCAUUUUUAAUGUUAUUAUUAUUAUGAUUAUUAUUAAUAUCAGUUAAAUAAGGUAGUUAUAGAAUAAACAAUGUUUUAUUAUUUUCAUUACAAAAUAAUAAUAAUAUUAUUAA